AUGAUUGGAGACCAUGAGGAGAAGAUCUACACCCCUCUGACGGUUGAGAGUGCUGUAGACGCCAGAGAUGCUGUUGCCAAGAUCCUGUACUCUCUGUUGUUCCACUGGCUGACUGAGAGGAUUAAUGGACAGGUGUAUCCUCGACAUCACGCUCUGUCAAUAUCUGUGCUGGAUAUAUAUGGCUUUGAGGACCUGUCCUUCAACAGCUUUGAGCAGCUGUGUAUUAACUAUGCUAAUGAGUACCUGCAGUUCUUCUUCAAUAGGAUCGUCUUCAGACAGGAGCAGGAGGAGUACAACAGGGAGCAGAUCCCGUGGCAGGACAUCCCAUUCAGCGACAACCAGUCCUGCAUCGACCUCAUCUCCUCUAAGCCCCAUGGGAUACUGAAGAUCCUGGAUGACCAGAGCUGCUUUCCCCAGGCGACAGACCACACCUUCCUCCAGAAGUGUCAUUAUCACCAUGGUAACAACAAGAUCUACCUGAAGCCAAAGAUGCCCCUCCCAGAAUUCACCAUCAAACACUUCGCUGGCCCGGUCACCUACCAGGUUCACAAGUUUCUGGAUAAGAACUACGACCAGGUUGGACAGCAGGUUCUCGAUCUGUUCAGCCACAGCAAGAACAAGAUGGUGGCCAACCUCUUCCUGGUUCACGCAGAGGUCGUAGGUCAGCAUAGAGGUCAUGUGAGGAAGAGCAGCACGGUGACCCGGAGACACCAGCCCCCCACCGUGUCCACCAAGUUCACCCUGUCACUUCUGGAACUGGUAGACAAGAUGGAGAGGUGCAACCCAUCGUUUAUACGCUGCAUAAAGCCAAACAGACAGAAGGAGCCAGGUGUGUUUGAGACGGAGCUGGUCGGCAGUCAGCUGAGGUAUUCUGGUAUCUUGGAGACCAUCAGGAUCCGGAGAGAGGGUUACCCUGUUAGACUGGCCUUCAACGUCUUCCUGUUUAGGUACAAGUCUCUGGUGGGUGUGAAGCAGCCUCCAGCUCCUGAUGGGGAGAACUGUGUCAUCAUGCUCAGCAAACUGGUUCCCCUCCGACCCGGGGCCUACCAAGUAGGAGUGACUAAGCUGUUUCUGAAGGAGGACGUGUACCAGUUGUUGGAGUCUAAGAGAGAGCGUGUCCGUCAGGUGGCGGCCCUCACCCUGCAGAGAUACACACGCAUGUUCUUUGUCAGGAAACGAUACAAGGAGUUCAGAACCAAGAUCAUCAGACUACAGGCCUACUGUAGAGGCUUCCUCACCAGGAAGCGCUAUUUGAAGAUGAGAAAGAGUCUGGUCAAGUUUCGUUCUCUCAUCCACAUGUACGUCACCCGCAAGAGAUACAUCAAGAUGAAGCUGGAGGCCCGCAGGAAAGCAGAGGAGGAGAGGAGGAGGAGAGAGGAGGAGCUGACGAAGAGAGAGGUGGUUAACGUCACACACCUGGUGAUCCCUGCCGAGCUUGGCUCUUUACUGCAGGCUGCAUCAGGUGGCAGAGAGCUCCAUUCUGAGUGUCUAGCUCUGGUCCAGGCACCACACAUCCAGGAGCAGAACCAGCUGACUCUGCCGCUGGACAUCAACGACUACCCCUUCAGCCGCUACGCACAACUCUACUUCAGGGAGCCUAUGUUUGGGAUGCUAAUGGUUCCCUUGGAGAGGACCCUGACGUACACAUAUGAGGACCUCCGACAGGGAGCUCUGGAGCUGUUCAUUAUGAUCCUGAGGUUCAUGGGCGACCCCCACCUGAAUGGGGCUCAGGAGAACCUGUUUGGGAACUACAUCAUCCAGAGAGGACUGGCCAAUCAGGGCCUGCGAGACGAGAUCCUGGCUCAGCUGGCCAACCAGGUGUGGCGGAACCCUAACCAUGACAACGCAGAAAGAGGCUGGCUGCUGCUGCUGGGGUGUGUCUGCUGCUUCCCCGCCUCCGCCAGGCUGCACACACAUCUACUGAAGUUUGUGUCUGACCACGCCCCUGCUGGUUGCCGGGCGCUGCUGCAGCACCGGCUGAUCCAGGCCAAUCAGAAGUCCCGGCUGUUAUCAGGGUCCGCCCCUGAGACAGCACGCACCUAUCCACUGUCUCUGUUGGAGUGGACAGCCAAUAGGAAGAGGGCUAACAUGGUGCUGCAGGUGUCCUGCUUCGACGGAGAAUCGUUCCUGUGUCCCGUCCAAUCCUGGACCAGUGGAGAAGAUCUGGCGGGAGACAUCCUGCGACACAGGGGAGUGUGUGAGGCGUGGAGGGGGUUUUCUGUACUGAUGAAGGAGCAUGGGCAGUGGGCGGAGCUAGAGUUAGGUCAAGAUUACGUCAUGGAUCUGAUCUCAGACUUGGAGCUGCCGCCCGACUUCCCCAAACAGAAGAGUUACUUCAUCAUCUCAGCUGAGGAUCCUAAUAGGGUUCGAACCAACGCCAGCCUGACUCUAUUUGGCAGUGGUUUUGACAGUGAUGAAGAGCUGCCCCCGCCCUUCCUCAGCGCCACCCAACCUGCGUACAGCCUGCCAGGCUCUGACGGAUACUCCAGCCACGUGGAGUCUGGUGUGUUCAGCGAUGGUCAGACUCAGAGAGGGGUGGAUCGCUACCUGGACAGCCUCUUCAACCCUGUGUUAUCAGACAGCAGCACGGACCUGGACAAGCCAGCCAGUAUGACAGGCCGGAUGAAGGGAGGAGGAGGAAUAGGAGGAGGGGAGGAGGAGAGGGGUCAGGCCCCCUCCAGCAGACCAUAUCCCCCAGGACUACAGCCCGGAGGGUCUCCAGAACAGACAGGGAUGGCUCAGCAGCAACAGACCAUCAUCAACCAGCAAGCCAUCAUACUGGCCCAGCAGAUGACCAUGCAGGCUAUGGCUUUCCAGCAGCAGAUGUGUCUUCCUUCCCCUCGCCCCCAGGCCCCUCCCACACAACCACCCCCCCGCACCUCCAGCCAUACUGAAGAAGCUCCAGAGAGCCCUUACCAGGCCAGCCUGAACCCCGCCCAGCACCAGCCCUCCUCCAGGCAACACACUGCGACACGGGUGGCCCCUCCUGAUGCCUUGGUGCGGUCCAGGGCCCCCCCUCCUGAUGACUUGGUGCGGUCCAGGGCCCCCCCUCCAGAAGGAUUGGUCCAGUCCGAUUUGUCUAACUCAGAAAGCCCCUCCCACAACAUCAAGGAUAUGAUCAGACAGUACCAACAUCCAUCUAACCCUGCACCCAGCCAGCCUGCACACACACACAGGAGGGGGGAGGGGAAGAUGUUUACGAAGAAGCCGGACCCUCAUGAUGAAGCCAUGUAUAUCCUGAAAGACCAGAUGGCCAACCCACCACCACAGAAGUCUUUCUCUCCGGCGGUGCCUCGGGAACCAAAGGAGGAGGGUGGAUCCAAAGUCACCAAGGCAACAAAACCCCGCCCACCUGCCCUAGCCGACUCCCACAACAGCCCCCUCCCCCCACCAGUGUCCAGAGAGUUGCCUGUAGAGGAAGAGACCAGCCAGACCCAGCUACACCACAGGAGCAGUGAAGAACACUACACUUACACUAACACACCCUGGAAGAUUUACCUGAGGAAAGAGGUGUUCUACCCUAAAGACAACUUCAACACUCCUCUGUUGCUGGAGCUGCUGUUCAGACAGGUAGUCCACGACACCUUCUCAGAGGCCUGCAUCCGCAUCACUCAGGAGGAGAGGACCAAGAUGAAGGCUCUAUUUGUGGAGCACCAGGUGGGUCAGGAUGGAGCCACACAGGAUGAGAGUGUGAAGAAGAAGAUCGUGACGAUGGCCAGAGACUCCUGGGAAAUAUAUUUCUCACGACUCUUCCCUGCCUCGGGCAGUGUGGGUACUGGGGUGCAGGUGGUCUCUGUGUCUCAUCGAGGCAUCAAGCUGCUGAAGAUGGUGAGAAGCAGCGCUGUUGUCCCAGACUACUUCAGAGUGCUACACCCUUACAGUUACGCAGACAUCCUGUUUGUGUCCAUUCCAUCUAAGAACAUGUUGGAGUUUAACCUGACCAAUGAGAAGCUGAUUCUGUUCUCCGCCAAGGCUCCACAGGUUAAACACAUGGUGGACUACUUUAUCACAGAACUGAAGAAGGACUCUGAGUAUGUGGUGGCAGUGAGGAACUACAUCACAGAGGACAGAACACUGCUCAGCUUCCACAAGGGAGACAUCAUCAGAUUACACAGCGCGGAGGGGCUGGAGGAGGGCUGGCGGUACGGGGCGGUGUACGGACGGUGGGGUGUGUUUCCAGGUGAGUGUGUUCAGCCGGUGGCCGCUCCAGACUUCCUGAUUCUCCCUGCUGAGAGGGCGGAGCCUCGUGACAGACACGGCCGUGUUGCCGCCUCCGCUGCAAUCGCCGUGGCGAUGGGCUCUACGGUCGCUGCCCAUGAACUGGACCUCAACACAGAGGCUGUGGUAGGGUAUGGUGAGGACAGCAGCAGUCUCCAUCUAGAGGGACUCCCUCUACAGGCCAGUCAGUACACCAUGGAGGAGUUCUCCAGGAAGUACUACAGACGGGCUCAGAGACACAGGGACCAGCUGAAGACCAGGAAGGGGAAGGAGUCCAGAGAACCAGCUGACAUGGUUACAUACUCUAAGUCCCCUCUCCAGGAGUCUCUGAUAGACUUCACAGACAGCAACAUGAACAAGGUGGCAGCUGACAUCUCCCUGGCUGUGAUGAAGUUCAUGGGAGACUACCCUCUGAAGGGACAGACAGAACAGGACCUGGUCUCACCGAUCCUAAAGGGACAGACAGAACAGGACCUGGUCUCAACGAUCAUGAAGGUGCACACUCACUCACUCACUCACUCACACUACCUGUAA